AUGCUGCUCACCAUCAAGCGCACCCUCACCAUGCUCACCAUCAACCGCAUCCGCAUCCCCAUGCAAAUCAACAUCAUCAACAUCCUCAACCGCAUCCUCAACCGCAUCACCAGCAUCCACAGCAUAAUCCUCAUCCUCACGCCCAUCACCAGGCACCAGCAGCAACAACAGCAACACCAGCAGCAGCAACAACAGCACCAGCAGCAGCAACACCAGCAACACCAGCAGCAGCAACAGCAGCAACAACAGCAACAGCAACAGCAGAUACCACAGGAAAACAGGGGUAUUAAUGGUCAGCGGAGAGCAACUCUAACUAGACCGGCAUUGCAGAACCCUUCAGUACCGACUCAGAAGCAAGCUGCGAGAUCUAUGAGCUACCCAUACCCACAGUCUUCACCACCCCGCGGUAGUCCAGGAACCACCAAAGUUGCAAACCCGAAUAAUGAAGUAGAUUUUCAGACAGAUGUGGAUACUUUGAUGAAGGCUAUCCAGUCCAAGCAUUCGGUGACACUAAAAUCUGAACCAAACUCACCAUCACCAGGUUAUCCCGCUCAGCAACUAAAAUCUUCACCAGUGACCCCGAUACAUCCUGGCGGAUUCGCUCAAAGGUCGGCAUUCGGUGGUUAUGUGCCAACUGGAUAUUCGGGACACCAACUAGGCAGUAAUAUGCAGGGUUCAGGACUCGGUGUCAACAAACUGCUGGCAGAAACAGAGGAGGUCCAGAGGGCAGGAAAGGAAGAAAAGAAGGGGUCGCAGAAGGCGAAGAAGAGAUAUGAGUGCGAUGUGCCAGGAUGUAACAAGAGUUUUUUCCAAAAGACACAUCUCGAUAUUCACUCUCGUGCUCACACUGGAGACAAACCAUUUCAAUGCAGUGAGCCUGGUUGUGGCCAACGUUUCUCCCAGUUGGGUAAUCUCAAGACGCAUGAACGUAGACAUACUGGCGAAAAGCCGUACUCUUGCGACUUCUGCGGCAAGCGAUUCGCCCAAAGAGGCAAUGUUCGCGCUCACAAGAUUGUGCAUGACGGUGCCAAACCAUUUACUUGCCGGCUGGAUAACUGUGAAAAACAAUUCACCCAACUAGGGAAUCUCAAGUCGCACCAAAACAAGUUUCACGCUGUAACCUUGCGCACGUUGACUGAGAAGUUCGCGGGCGUUCGGGAACCCGAAGACAUGUCGCCGGCCGACAGGGAACUCUUUGAGUACUUUGCGGAGCUAUACAAGAACUCCAACCGUGGCAUCAAGGGCCGUGGCAAGGACCGAAAAAUUACAGGAACCAAGAAGGCCCGCACGAACGAUGGAGAAGCUGGUGGAAACGACCAUCAAAAUGGACGUCAUCACCAGGGAGGUGCAGGAGGCGACAUGCACAGUUUGGGAUCGCCAAACGGUUCCUGCGGCAGCAACUCGAACCCGGAUGGAUUUGAUUUUGCAGGUGGGCACAUGGACGAAGAUGAGGAAAGCUCUGCGGAUUCUUCUUCUUACGAGCAGCAGCUGCCUCCCAUGAGGCCUGGAGGCAACGUCGGAAUGGUACCUUUGGGCGGAUACGCAGAGGACACGAUGGCAAUACACACCGAUAUGGCAAAGUACAGCCUGGAUCGCAAAUUCCAGCUGUAA